AUGGCCGAAUCCGAACCGUCGAUUAAUAUCCCCUCCCUCCUUACUUUCGCUGUCGUCUCGUUCUUCGUCUUCCGGUGGUUUUUCUCAUCACGCUCGUCGUCCCAGGAUGGCGGUAAUGCGCAGGGAGGGAGAAACCGAACUCAGACAGUCGACCCUGUACAACUAGACCACCUAGCUCAGAUGUUCCCACAGCUUACCCGGAGGGAACUUAUGUGGGAUUUGCAGCGGAAUGGCGGGAGCGUGGCAGCCACCACGGAGAGGAUCUUAACAGGAAGAGGAUUAGAGACGCCUCCUCCUACGUUCCAGCCUCAAAUACCAGCCGCUUCGACCCCAACAGUUGAAACUACGUCUACUGCCACUGAGCAGACAGCAAAGCAAGUGUCGACCAACCUCAUUGCACGAUACAACCUUCAAUCAAAGAUAGACAACGAAUCAAUGGGAGAAUCGGGAAUUGGUGCCAUUUCUAGUGACUCAACGAUACUCCGACAAGAAAGUGCCUGGUCGCGUGACAAAGACGAGAGACAGAGGCUGAUGCAGAAACGACGGGACGAAAUGAUCCUUACGGCUAGAAGGAAGAUGCUACAGAAAGAUAAAGCUGCAAAACAAGAGCAGCAGUAA